AUGGACACUUGCAGAGACGGUGAAGCAGAUAUGAAUGAAAAUUUGACAAAGGUCACGAGUACUAUGAACAAGAAGGUCCAUACAAUUGAAGAUGAUGGUAUUACAAAACUUGGUAUCAACAAAAUAGAGGUUACAGCAGCAUCACCUAACAGCUUUUGUGCAGAUGGAAAUGAAAAUACAAAUCCUGUUGAGCUGUUGUGGUCUUUGGGUAAGGAUUUUUACAUUCCUGUUGCUAAAGUGUGUGGCAAAUUGGUAAUGGAUGAAGACAUUCGCUCUUUAAGAGAUAAGGAAUGCCUCACAGACAGGGUGCUAGACUGUUAUUUGUCCCAAUUAGUUACUGUCCAUAAUGGGUUGGGUAGAAAAGUGAUUUACUACAAUCAAACACAGAUGACUAAUAUCAUCAACUGUUCAUAUCAGAUACCAGAGGUGUCAGAUUGCUCUGAAUCCGAUUUUGAUGCUGAUGUCAUAUUGGGGAUAUAUCAUAGAUACUACCACUGGACGUUACUGAUUGUGGAAGUCAAGAAGGAAAUCCUUUAUUUCUAUAACCCCUGUGGUGAAAGGAAAACAGAGAUGCGGAAGAUUUUGAGCAGCUGGAGGAAAUAUGAAAAGGAUUACAGAGAGAAAGUAAAUAUCCAGACAAAGGUUUCUGAUUGGAGGAUCACAUCAACUCCACAUACAAAUCAAAAAGAUGCUUUCAAUUGUGGAGUGUUCUGCUUGAUGUUUGCAGAGAAACAUCUAUCCGGAGAUUUGAAAUGCUUGAUGACAGUCACAUCAGCGGAUUUGAAACACAUGAGAAAAGCUGUUGCAUUGAAAUUAAUGGAGGGCAAAGUAUUUCUGACAGAAUGUUGUCCAAAAUGUGCAAAAAGCAUUGAGGGGGAUGAAAGUAUAAAAUGCAGCACAUGCAGAAGAUCUUUUCAUUUUAAGCCAUUUUGUAUUGAAGAAGAUUUGGCAGACAUCAAAGAAGCAGAGCACUUUAAAUGCAGACUUUGCAGAAUUAACUUCUGGAAUGAAGAAGAAAGCCAUUAUAAUUUGAGGAAACAUCCAUUAAAGAUAUCAACAAGAAACAAGAGGAGACCAGGACAAAGAUAA